AUGGCCGCCAAAGAAGUCAACGAGGCCAAUGAUGCCAACGAGUCCGAUGAGGGCUAUGGGGGCAACGUGCCAGUUCGGUGGGAUGGUGCAUUGCAAGGCGCUCGAUUAUAUCUUGCGAUAGUAGGCAUCGCUUUACCCCUGUUCCUUACCGGCAUUGAAGCAACGAUUGUAAGCACCUCGCUGGUGACCAUCACCGAUGAUCUCCAGAGCGCCGGGUUCCUCAUCGUCUGGGCAAGCUUCAGCAACAUCUUUGGAGUCAAGCCAAGUCUUCUCACUGCUGUAACGAUCUUCAUUGCUUUCUCUGGUGGUUGUGCUGGAGCGCAAAGUAUCAGCCAAUUGAUCAUUUGUCGUGCUUUCCAAGGCCUUGGUGGUGCUGGUAUCUACAGUCUGUCAUUAUUUUCCAUCCUUCGACUUCUUCCCUAUGAGCAAUACGACAAAGCUAGCUCCCUCGCCGGUGGGAUUCUCUCGAUAGGUCUUGUCAUCGGCCCUUUGCUGGGAGGCGCUAUUUCCAAUGACGGAAAAUGGCGCUGGGUCUUCUUGUUGAACGUUCCUGCAGCAGCCGUUGGCGGGAUCUUGAUUUUCUUCAUUCUUCCGGCUCAUUUUCCCAAUGCUGCACCAGAAGCAAAUAGCCAAUCGACAUCAACGCCAGUUUGGGCCAAGGUGAAGGCAGCUAUUCACCAGGUGGAUUUCCUGGGAGCCUUCCUCGUCUUGACUGCUUGUUCAUUCAUCAUUGCUGCUCUUCAAGAGGGUAAUUAUGAAUAUUCGUGGGGCUCGGGACUCGUCGUCAGUUUCCUUGUGAUAUCCGGCAUCUCUUGGAUCCUGUUUGUCGGCUGGGAGUGGCUCAUAUGCCGACGUGAUCUAAAGAUGAGCCCAAUGUUCCCAUGGAGGCUAACGCAAAAUCGACUCUUCAUGGGGAUAGCACUUGGGUUCUUCACUACCGGUGUGCCAUUGACUGUUUGCGUGAUUGAGAUCCCGCAAAGGUUCCAGAUCGUCAACGGAAGCUCCCCAGUUGGCGCAGGCGUCAAAUUGUUAUCCUUCGCGCUGAGCUGCCUGGUCGGCAUUAUAUCUUGCUCUGUUUUGGCAGGACGGUUGAAGAUUCCCUUCGCUUAUAUUGCAGUGAUCGGUCUUGUGUUUCAAGUGGUCGGUCUUUUCCUUUUCUCGGAGAUCGAGCCCAUAGUAGAGCUUUGGCCAGGUCAGUUUGGAUACUUGGUUUUGGCUGGGCUGGGAUGCGGGCUUGGCGUAUCCGCAUUCUACAUGGCCACAUCACUCGUGGUAGACAUUGAAGAUCAAUCCAUUGCGCUGGGUAUAGGUAUACAGCUCCGUAUGCUGGGCGGCGUUCUUGGAAUCGCGACUUCGAGUGCAAUCCUCUUCCAUUACAUCCAAAGUCGUUUGUCAUCCACGCUGUCGCCAGGUGAAAUGGCUGCCCUACUGAAGACCACUGAAGCAAUCAAGACUUUCUCGCCGGAGAAUCAACUCCAUGUUCGUGAGGUUUAUGCGAUUGCAUACAAUAUGGAGAUGAAGAUGUGUGGUGCCUUUGCGGCAGCUCAGGCUUUGGCCGUGGCAAUGAUCUGGAAAAGAGACAAUGUGCGAUUUUCAAAGAGCUGA